UUGUCUACUCUGUCUGUCUGUCUGUAUGACAAGUGUCGGCGUUCAGCGAUUGUCAACUGUUUUAGUAGAGUAAUGCAGAUCUGAGGAGGAGUACAACACGUCACCCUAUUUGCGACGAGAGUGUAAUUCCAGGAAACCGCCAAUAUUUUAAUUACAGUCUUGCAAAUAGCGAAAUAUUAUUAUGAAACUUCAGAUGUCAUUCCCUGUUGGCAAACUGUUACUUUUCCUAAUUUUUAUAUCUUUAUUUACGUUUAUUGCGAGCCAUGAACAUAGUCAUGACGGCGGUCAUUCUCACACACAUGACGAAAAACCUUCAUUUAAAUAUUCUAAGCAAGCUAACGAACCGUAUGCAUCCGAUGAAGUUGAGACUUCCCAUAUGAGCUCUAAAAUUAAAACUAGAAGUGCAAUGACGUUGUGGUCUUUAUCUUUAGGAUCUACUUUACUCAUAAGUGCUGCUCCUUUUGUCAUAUUAUUUUUCAUCCCUAUUGAUAAUCGUGCUGAACAUAAACCUUUAUUGAAAGUAUUAUUAAGUUUUGCAUCUGGAGGACUUCUGGGUGAUGCAUUCUUGCAUCUUAUUCCUCAUGCUCUAUUGGCCCUCUCCAGUUCUGAUGGAAGUGCACAUUCUCAUUCACAUUCACAUUCUCAUUCUCAUGUCAAUACUGAUUCUGAGAUAGCUGGACAUGAUCUUACGGUUGGACUGGGAGUUUUGGCUGGUAUUGUUGUGUUUCUUAUGGUGGAAAAAUUUGUCAGAAUUGUGAAGGGUGAUCAUGGCCAUUCACAUUCAUCAGAAUCAAAAGACAUGAAAACUGCAUGUGAAACCAAUGACAAAUCAAGCUACACUUCAUGUAACCAAGACAUAUGUUCCACAGAUGAAUUAUGUAAAUGUGAUGCUGAUGAAUUAGAUGUGAAAGAAAACAAAGUUUCUGAACCUGAUGUUAAAGUGAAAAAGGAAACGAUUGAUGAUUUAAAAGAUGAAAUCAUGGUUGCUGGUUAUUUAAAUCUUGCAGCAGAUUUUCUUCAUAAUUUCACUGAUGGAUUAGCAAUUGGUGCAUCAUAUAUUGUCAAUCCUGGUGUUGGUGUAAUUACUACUGCAACAAUUCUUCUACAUGAAGUUCCACAUGAAAUAGGAGAUUUUGCUAUUUUAAUACAAUCGGGUUGCAGCAAAAGAAAGGAUCUUCCCCUUAGACCAGUACUUUCGAGAACAUUUGGGCAUGUUAUGUAACUGCUCCUAUAAAUGAAGAAUUCACGCCAUUUUGCGUCAGACCGCUUUCUCCCUCUACUGCUGUUAAGACCUAUGCUGCCGCUCUUCUCAUCUGCCUCCCUUUGUUUGAAUAGUAUGUUGCAGUAAAUUUAAAGUUAAUACUAU